AUGAAUAUGAAAGAUCUCAUUCUCAAGCUACGAGUGGAAGAGGAUCAUAGGAAUGGUGACAAAAAUGAUGUGUCUACCUUAGAAGCCAAUGCCAAUAUCGUUGAGGGAAAAGCCUUCAAACCAAAGGGUCAAUCCAAGAAGAAUAAGGGCAAGAAUUUUAACAAGCAAGAUGCUGCCCUUGCACUAAAGGCAAAGGAUUUCAAGAAGAUUAAGGGCUUUUGCUGGGUUUGUGGAAAACUAGGCCAUAAAUCACAAGAAUGCUGCCACCGAAUGGACCAUAAUCCUACCAAUAAAGGCAACAAUCAUAGGCCAAACAACUAG